AUGCCUAUAAGUGAGCGCAACGAUGUACUAGAAGUGAAGUUACCAAAUAACUGGUCUUCAUGGUUCUUCAUGCGAACAUGCCAGUUAUUUUUUUUUCAGGAUCCAGUACACAUCUGCACCAAGAUUCGUAAUCGUCUUCUUUCUCAAUCUGCUUCAAUGUUUAUUGGAAACAGAAAAAUAUCAGUCGAUGUACUCUUUGAUUUAAUUAACAAUCAAUCGAAACUAAUCCAUGGAUUAGUAAAAACGGAUGUUUAUCCAAAAGACCGACAAAACUUCGCUUCUUGUGCUAAAAUUUCAACCGAUGGUGUUUUAUCUGCUCUCAAUAAUGUUUCUGAUUCUUAUGCCACACAAAUUUACUUAGGUCUGUUGCGUAGUAUUAUAAUAGCUCAUAUUGAAAAAAGUACAUCAAUUAUUGAUCGAAUAUAUCAUAGUUGGAUGACAGUAUUCAUUUGCCGCCUUUGGUGGGCUUGGUUGCAGUUAACGGAUGUGGAAGAAAUUUCCACGGAACAUCAGGACAAAAAUAAAGCUUUUUUCUUUAUCACAAAAGCUGCUUAUCAUUCUAUUGAAAUCAAUGCACACACAUUACUAUCAGUUGUUCUUCUUGUUUGCCAGCACGAUAUGUCUCAAUCUGCUCAAUCUAUAUCAAGUUUUAAUUCACAGGCAUGCGAAAAUAUAUUCAGACUAACAAGAUCAAUGUCUGGGACAUUCUCACCAAAUGUGAAUUUUACUGUCGGACAAUUUCUCCGACGAGCUGGUAAACUUUCAGUAUUGCAAGAUAUUGAUAGACAAAAUGAACAUAAUCUAUCGGAAUGUUCUUUACAAUUUCCUAAACAUCACAAGCGACGUCACAGAAAAGAUAUGUCAAUAAAUAAUCGUUUAGAUGUUUCUAACAACAUACUAACACAAAAUACGAUUGAAAAAACCAUCCAUCGUGCUUUUGAUGAUGCUUAUAAAAUGUUAUCUGUACUUUGUAUUGAUGUAAUUUUAGUACGCGAAUAUCUUAACGCUUUAGAUGAACUGAGUACAUAUGUACGAGUUCAGAUUGAAAAUACUUCUCAUACUACUGAUUUUAGUGAAAAUUGGAACGGUUAUUCUGAUGAUGAAUUAGAUUCAAAAGAUGAUGUUCAUGAUCAAUAUGAUGUAAUUUCGGAAAGUUCUUCUGAGGAUGAAGCUGAUGAACAAACAAAUAACUCUGGUCACAAAAGAUCGCAAUUUAAAGGAUUACGAAUCUUCAAUGAAAUUCCUGCUGCUCAAUCGAAUUCAUACUUUCGUAUUAAUGUCGAUGAAAAUGAAAAAUAUAUGCAUACGCAAACUGCCAGUUGGCUUCUUACCGAUAAUAGACCUGCACUAUCGGCAAAUCAACUUCAACGCGUACAACAGAGAAUUCGAUAA